AUGCACCCCGCUGCCGCCACGCUCUACACGCCCAUUUACUUUGCCAAGCCGGCCGCCGAGCCCGAGCCGCUGCGCCAAUCGAUUGAGCGCUUCUCCCCUGUCGUCGCGGGCGGUGGUGCCGACUGGGUCUCGUCGCUGGACGGGUGCGAAGCGCUCGUCGCCGACCUGAGCGGGUGCGACGCCACGGUCGGCGCGGAGGUGGUGUAUGCGCUGCACACCCGCCGCAUCCCCGUGCUCUGCCUGCGCCGCGCGGGCGCGUCCGAGCUGCCCGCAAUCGAGGCUCUGGCGCAUCCGCUGCUGACAUGCUCGGUGUACGCGGGCGCGGCAGAGGCGGCGCUCGCGGUGGAGCGCUUCCUCACGCCGCCCGCCCAGCCCGGCCGCAUCUUCGUCGUCGAGGGUGGCGACGGCGCGGGAAAGCAGACGCAGACGGCGAUGCUGCGUGCGCGGCUGGAGGGGCUGGGCUACCCCGUCUCGAGCAUCGACUUCCCGCACGACGCGGCGAUGCACGGCCGCCUCAUCCGCACCCUCCUCUCGGGCGCCAAGGGCGGCAUCAAGGCUGUCAACCCGCUGCUCUUCGCCUCCCUCUACUCGCAGAACCGGUUCGACGUGACGCCGCUGCUCACGCACUGGCUGCGCCGCGGGGACAAUGUGAUCUUGGACCG